UCAGCAUGAUCAUUAUGUGUACUAUUUUGACCAACUGUAUAUUCAUGACUUUUAGUGAUCCUCCUGAGUGGUCCAAACAAGUAGAGUACACGUUCACAGGGAUUUAUACGUUUGAAUCUCUUGUAAAAAUUGUCGCUCGAGGAUUCUGUAUAGAUGGGUUUACAUUCCUAAGGGAUCCAUGGAACUGGCUGGAUUUCAUGGUCAUUUCUAUGGCAUAUAUAACAGAGUUUGUGGACCUGGGCAAUGUCUCUGCGCUGAGAACAUUCAGAGUUCUCCGAGCAUUGAAAACUAUCUCUGUCAUACCAGGCCUGAAGACCAUUGUCGGUGCUCUAAUCCAAUCUGUGAAGAAAUUGUCAGACGUUAUGAUCCUCACGGUCUUCUGUCUCAGUGUCUUCGCUCUGAUUGGACUACAGCUCUUCAUGGGCAACCUACGGCAAAAAUGCGUGAUUUGGCCAAUCAACUCCACCGAGAACUACUUGGCCAACGGCAGCAAAGGCUUCGACUGGAAUGAAUACAUCAAUAACGACACCAAUUUCUACUUCCUGCCUGGACAAUUGGAUGCCCUUUUAUGUGGCAACAGCUCAGAUUCUGGCCGCUGCCCCGAGGGCUACACAUGCAUGAAAGCUGGGAGGAAUCCAAACUACGGUUACACCAGCUUCGAUAGCUUUGGAUGGGCUUUCCUGGCUCUCUUCAGACUCAUGACACAGGACUUCUGGGAGAACCUCUACAUGCUGACCCUGCGGGCAGCAGGGAAGACCUACAUGAUCUUCUUUGUGCUGGUGAUCUUCGUGGGGUCCUUCUACCUGGUCAAUCUGAUCCUGGCUGUGGUGGCCAUGGCCUAUGAGGAGCAGAACCAGGCCACCAUGGAGGAGGCCGAGCAAAAAGAGGCUGAGUUCAAAGCCAUGCUGGAGCAGAUCAAGAACCAGCAAGAGGCUGCACAGGCCAACGCCAUGGCGACGUCGGCAGGCACGGUGUCGGAGGACGUAGCGGAGGACGACGGUGGGGGGAACCUGUCCUGUAGCUCGUCAGAGAUGUCCAAGCUCAGUUCCAAGAGCGCCAAGGAGCGGCGCAACCGCAAGAAGAAGUGGCGCCAGAAAGAGCAGUCACAGAGGGAGGAGAAGGGGGACUGCGAGAAGUUCGUCAAAUCCGAGUCAGACGACGGCAGCAAGAGGAGCCGCUUCCGUUUCCCUGACAACCGGUUGGGUCGAAAGUCUUCCAUCAUGAACCAGUCCCUCCUCAGUAUCCCAGGCUCGCCGUUCCUGUCGAGGCACAACAGCAAGAGCAGCAUCUUCAGCUUCAAGGGCCGCGGCAAGGACGUGGGCUCGGAGAACGAGUUCGCCGAUGACGAGCAUAGCACUGUGGAGGAGUGCGAGGAGAGGCGGGACUCCCUGUUCAGCCCGUACCGGCGGAGCAGCUACACGGGCUACCACCACGGCGGCGGGAAGAGGAACUCAACGGUGGACUGCAACGGCGUGGUGUCGCUGAUCAGUCCGGGGACCGGCGGACGCCUUCUGCCUGAGGUGAAAAUAGAUAAGGCAUCUGCUGACGACAGUGAUUUGUUACAGGACUUGAAGCCCACUACUGAGGUUGAGGUGAAGAAGAAGCUGUCUGGUUCCCUGAUGGUGUCUGUGGACCAGCUCAAUACCUCCUUCGGAAGGAAAGAGCGGGCCAACAGUGUCAUGAGCGUCAUCACCAACACACUAGUGGAGGAACUGGAGGAGUCUCAGCGUAGUUGUCCACCUUGCUGGUAUAAGUUCUCCAACAUCUUCCUCAUCUGGGAGUGUUGUCCCAUCUGGCUGAAGAUCAAGGAGAUUGUCAACCUGAUCGUCAUGGACCCUUUCGUGGACCUGGCCAUCACCAUCUGUAUCGUCCUCAACACCCUCUUCAUGGCCAUGGAGCACUACCCCAUGACCCCGCACUUUGAGGAGGUGCUGUCUGUGGGAAACCUGGUGUUCACAGGGAUCUUUGCUGUGGAGAUGUUUGCCAAGCUGGUUGCCAUGGAUCCCUACUACUACUUCCAGGAAGGGUGGAACUGCUUUGACGGCUUCAUUGUGACCCUAUCGUUAGUGGAGCUGGCAUUGGCUGACGUGGAGGGGCUGUCCGUGCUCAGAUCAUUCCGAUUGCUAAGAGUGUUUAAACUGGCCAAGUCGUGGCCCACACUCAACAUGCUGAUCAAGAUCAUCGGUAACUCUGUUGGCGCCCUGGGAAACCUGACCCUCGUCUUAGCGCUCAUCGUCUUCAUCUUUGCCGUGGUCGGCAUGCAGCUGUUCGGCAAGAACUACAAGGACUGUGUGUGUAAGAUCGCCCUGGACUGUAAGCUGCCCCGCUGGCACAUGCACGACUUCUUCCACUCGUUCCUGAUGGUGUUCCGGGUGCUGUGCGGGGAGUGGAUCGAGACCAUGUGGGACUGUAUGGAGGUGGCCGGACAGGGCAUGUGUCUCAUCGUCUUCAUGAUGGUCAUGGUUAUCGGGAACUUGGUGGUGUUGAACCUUUUCCUUGCCUUGCUGCUGUCCUCGUUCAGCGCAGACAACUUAGCCGCAACAGACGACGACGGAGAGAUGAACAACCUUCAGAUCUCCGUCAUCCGCAUCAAGAAGGGCGUGGCCUGGUUCAAGAUCAAGCUGGCAGAGUUGGUGCUCAGCUUGACCAAGAAGCCGCCGGCGGAGGAUGAACAGAAACCUUUAGACGACAUGUACAACAAGAAGCUGAACUGUAUCGCCAACCACAGUGGUGUGGAUAUCAACCGCGACCUGGACUACACCAAGAAUGGUAACGGCACCACUAGUGGUAUAGGGAGCAGCGUCGGGAAGUACAUGAUCGACGAGGACCACAUGUCCUUCAUCCAUAAUCCGAACCUGACCGUGUGCGUUCCCAUCGCGGUCGGAGAGUCCGACUUCGAGAACCUCAACACCGAGGACUUCAGUAGCGAGUCGGAGAACGAGAACAGCAAAGAGGGGCUGGACGACACCAGCUCAUCGGAGGGCAGCACCAUAGACAUCAAGCCUGAUGUGGAGGUGGAGGCGGUGGUGGUGGAGGCUGUGGAAGAGUACCUAGACCCAGAAAACUGUUGGACACCUGAGUGUAUUAUCAAGUACCUCGCAUGCGACGUGCCUAUCACUCACGGGUGGGGAAAAUAUUGGUGGUUCCUGAGAAAGACAUGCUAUCUAAUUGUGGAGCAUAACUGGUUCGAAACCGUCAUUAUCUUUAUGAUCCUACUCAGUAGUGGGGCCCUGGCUUUUGAGGAUGUGUACAUCCAGCAGAGGAAGACKAUCAGGACCAUCUUGGAAUACGCCGACAGUGUGUUCACAUACAUCUUUAUCCUAGAGAUGUUGCUCAAGUGGGUCGCCUACGGAUUCCACAAGUACUUCACCAACGCCUGGUGCUGGCUCGACUUCUUCAUUGUCGAUGUGUCUAUAAUCAGUCUGGUAGCUAAUGCACUGGGCUACUCGGAUCUAGGUCCUAUUAAAUCACUAAGGACACUAAGGGCCUUGAGACCCCUCAGAGCCUUGUCACGUUUUGAAGGGAUGAGGGUGGUAGUCAACGCCCUGGUGGGAGCCAUCCCCUCCAUUAUGAAUGUGUUGCUGGUUUGCCUCAUCUUUUGGCUGAUUUUCAGUAUCAUGGGAGUCAACUUGUUCGCGGGCAAGUACUACUACUGUUUCAACCAGACCUCAGAGGAUAACUUUCUUGCCACCGAGGUCAACAACAAGACACAGUGCCUGGCCCUUAUUAAUCAGAACUUCACUGAGGUCAGGUGGAAGAAUGUCAAGAUCAACUUUGACAAUGUUGGCGCUGGAUACCUGGCUCUGCUUCAAGUGGCGACAUUCAAAGGCUGGAUGGACAUCAUGUACGCAGCCAUAGACUCCAGAAGGGUGGAGGACCAGCCCAUCUAUGAAGACAACCUCUACAUGUACAUCUACUUCGUCAUCUUCAUCAUCUUCGGAUCCUUCUUCACCCUCAACCUCUUCAUCGGUGUCAUCAUUGACAACUUCAACCAACAGAAGAAAAAGUUUGGAGGUCAGGACAUCUUCAUGACAGAGGAACAGAAGAAGUACUACAACGCCAUGAAGAAACUGGGUUCAAAGAAGCCCCAGAAACCCAUUCCCAGACCACAGAACUAUAUCCAAGGGUUGGUGUUUGACUUUGUGACCCAGCAAGUGUUCGACAUCUCCAUUAUGAUGUUGAUCUGCCUCAACAUGGUCACCAUGAUGGUGGAGACAGACGACCAGUCGGAUGAGACGGAGAACAUCCUCUAUUGGGUCAACUUCAUCUUCAUCGUGGCGUUCACCAUCGAGUUCGUACUGAAACUCUUCGCCCUGCGCCACUACUACUUCACCAAUGGCUGGAACGUGUUCGACACGGUCGUGGUCAUCCUGUCCAUCGCGGGCAUGUUCCUGGCUGACAUCAUUGAGAAGUACUUCGUUUCGCCAACCCUUUUCAGGGUUAUCCGAUUGGCUCGAAUCGGCCGCAUCCUGCGUCUGAUCAAAGGAGCCAAGGGCAUACGGACUUUACUCUUCGCCUUGAUGAUGUCACUUCCAGCCCUGUUCAACAUCGGCCUCCUGCUCUUCCUGGUCAUGUUCAUUUUCAGCAUCUUCGGAAUGUCCAACUUCGGCUACGUCAAACACGGGGCCGGGAUAGACGACAUGUAUAACUUUGAGACCUUCGGGAACAGCAUGAUCUGCUUAUUCAUGAUCACCACGUCUGCAGGCUGGGAUGGUCUCUUGCUCCCCAUCCUCAACUACCCUCCUGACUGUGACCCAACCAUGGAGAACCCAGGUGCACCGUCUACAGGCAACUGCGGCAACCCCUCAGUUGGCAUAUUUUUCUUUGUCAUGUAUAUCAUUAUUUCCUUCCUUGUCGUAGUCAAUAUGUACAUCGCCAUCAUCUUAGAGAAUUUCAGUGUAGCGACAGAAGAGAGCGCCGACCCGCUCAGUGAAGACGACUUCGAGACCUUCUAUGAAAUCUGGGAGAAAUUCGACCCCUCUGCUUCCCAGUUCAUCACCUUCSKAAAACUGGGUGACUURGCKGACACCCUYGAGCACCCURUCCGCGUUCCCAAACCCAACACCAUCGAGCUGAUCGCCAUGGACAUGCCCAUGGUCAGCGGCGACCGCAUCCACUGCCUGGACAUCCUGUUUGCCUUCACCAAGCGUGUGCUGGGAGACAGUGGGGAGCUGGACAUGCUACGCACGCAGAUGGAGGAGCGCUUUGUGGCGGCUAACCCCUCCAAGGUCUCAUACGAGCCCAUCACUUCUACACUGCGCCGGCGCCAGGAGGACGUAUCCGCACGGUGCAUCCAGAAAGCCUACCGCGCUCACUUGCUUAAACGGGGCUUCAUCUGCAAGCGCAGGCCCAAGACCAAGCUGGAGAAUGGUGGGACCAACAACGAGGAGAAGAAAGAGAGUACACCCUCCACCGCCUCUCUUCCCUCCUACGACAGCGUAACCAAACCUGACAAGGAGAAACAGGAGGAGAACGAGGGAGAGAGGAAAGAGAAGGACAGAAACCAAAAAGAUGAGCGGGAAUCGAAGUGUUAGUUAGGGUUCAGUGACUGUCAUUAGCAAAUUAAGACACACAACGAGAACAGACUCUGAGCCCAACAAACAGACAACUGUAUAAAAAGAUCAUUUGCAAGUUAAAAAAAAAUGUACGAAAACGAUAUAAAAAAACAUGUUUACGGACUUAAAUUCAAUACAAAAUGAAGGAUCGAGAUUCGUCGUUGGAUACUUAGGGUCGGUUGAAGAAAACCACCGAUGGCGAUGUACAUGUUGCCCACGAUAAGGAUUUAGUUAGGACACCAUCAUUAUCACAAAAGGAUUUUACUGCCUAAUGAUGAAUUUCUUCUUUAUAUCUUGGAAAUAAUGUGAGGAAGAACCAUGAUAAUAUAAUUAAUUAUCAAUAAUAACUCAAUAAUAAUAAAAGUGUGCCCACCAUUGACAUACUACAUAUUACAUAUAUGUUGGGUAUCGUCGGGAAAAAAGGGACAGAAACCCCUGCAAACAAAAUGGAGGGAGAUUUACUGGAGCAAAUAGUCUCUUACUGCCACCACCCUGUGUGGACGAGCCCCUGCAGCGAAAGGUCCACCACUAUGGGAGCACCCCAGGAGUGGAACGGAACGGAACACUACAGAACCCUCUAGAACUGUUCUACCACGCAGUCUGACUGGGCCUCUGUAACAUCCAGUUCCUGUACCGUCCUUCUUAUCAAGGAAACACAUACAAUAAUCAACAUCUAAGCAAGUUUUAAAUACGAAGAAUGAAAGAUUAGAGAAAGAAAGGAAAAAACCCAGAACAGUAGACAAAGGGUUUUUACUUUUCGUUUGUUUGUGCUGAAUAUACUUGCGUCUUUACAUUAUUUGAGCAGCAAAAAAAAGAACAAAUAACAUUUAGCCCAUGUCA